GACGUUGCUAUGACGGCGGCUUUUGUUUACAUGUAGCGGAGAGCUCAGCUAGCUAACAGCUAACAGCUAGCUUUAGAUUGAGGCUGCUCGUCGUCUCUGGAGGUUUGUGAAGCUGAACCUUUAACGAUGCCUCCGAAGACUAAAGGCAAGAAGAAGGCCGGGAAGGGGAAGUCCUCUGCGGUGGUGGACGGUCUGUCCACGGAGGAGAUGAGCAAGGACCAGCUGGAGGAGCACAUCAUCCGCCUGCGGGAGGAGCUGGACCGGGAGCGCGAGGAGAGGAGCUACUUCCAGCUGGAGAGGGACAAGAUCCAGACCUUCUGGGAGAUCACCAAGAGGAACCUGGAGGAGGUGAAGGACGAGCUGAGGAACAGACGGAGGGAGAGGGAGGAGGCGGAGGAGCGCCACCGAGUGGAGAUCAGUGUUUACAAACAGAAGCUGAAGCACGUCCUGUCCGAGCAGCACAACACCGUCUCCGAGCUGAAGAUGGACGACGUGGCCUCGGCCUCGCUCGUCCAGAACCAGCACACGGAGUCGGAGCUCGGCCUCUGCAGGAACAUUCACGGCCUGGAGGCGGACUGCAGGGAGAGGAGGCUCCAGAACCAAAACUGCAUCGAAGAGCUGAAACUGAAACACCAGGUGGAGCUGAUGGAGCUGACGAACGACUGCGACAGGAGGAUCAGAGAAAUCGAGGUCAAAUAUCACAAGAAGAUGCAGCUGACGAUGGAGGCGGAGGGCAAGCGGCGGAAGGCGGAGGUCAACGAGCUGGAGGACCGGAUGAAGAGUCGCGUGGUGGCUCUGAUGCAGGAGAACGACAGAGCGCUGAGAGGAGCGGAGGAGUAUUACUCUGCUGUUCAGAGCAAACUGCUGCUGGAUCAGAAGCUGCUGAAGGAGGAACUUGCGGAGGUGCAGAGGCAGCAUGCUGGAGCAGACAGAGUGCUUUCAGCAGCUCAGCAGGAAAACAAACGUCUGCGUGAGUCUCUGCAGGAAGCUGAACAGAAACUGCCCGAGCUCCAGAAACAGCUGGAGGAGCACAACCAGGCCAGGACCAAGAUGGCGGCGGCGAGAGCUCGAGUGAAGGUCAUGGAGAAGGAGCUGAGAGAUCUGACGGUGGAGCACGAGCUGCUGCUGCAGGCGUUUGAAAAGGUUCAGCAGGAGCGAGAUGAGCUGCUGAAGAAGCAGACAGAGGCCAUCUUGGACCUGCAGCAGAGGAGCGGCCUGAAGGAGCUGCUGCUGGAGAGGAAGAUGGCCGCUCUGACCGAGACUCUGGAGAAGAAGGAGGCUCAGCUCUGCGCCGCGCUCUCCGCCUCCACCGCCGAGCAAACGGCAGGAAGCAGCACCGCUAACAAACUCGAGGAGAUCUUGGAGUCUAAACAAGUCACCAUCAGCACCUUAAAGGAGGAACUGGCUCGAGAAUCUAAGGAGUACGACGACCUGCUGCAGACCUGCAGGGAGAGGCUGAAGGCUCUGGGCGUCCCUCAGUACGACUUCCCCUUCAGACCUGCAGAGCAGAUCCUGAACGCACCGCCGCCCAAACACUGAACCAGCACUCAGCUGCUUCACCUAGAAACUUCUCCACCUCUCUCUCAUUUCAUCUCUUCAUAAAGUCGCAAAGAAAAUUAAACUGUAGAUUUUCUAUGUUUUGUAUAAAUUUAUCCUGUUUUUAAAUAUUUGCUGAUGACGACAAAUGAAUCUCAACAAUAAAAUUAUUUUUGACUGGA